ACAACCUACAGAUUCCGUACUAAAGGAGCAUGAUACGCUUUCCAUCAAAUUCGGCGUAUCCUUCUACUGAAAUGAGGAGGGUCAUGUUGGCUCAUAUUCGACGCUAACAAGGGGAAAAAAAGUCGCCGAAUCCGGAAGCAGAGACCAUUAACAUUUGUUCGAUUCGGAACAACAUUCCAAUGACGGUCCUUCGGCCAGAUUGGAAAAUAUUACGUUUCUCGCUGGUCAAAAUGAUCACCUCAUUGUUAUCUACGGCUUAGCGAAUGACCGCGCAGCCUAGGCGACGACAAACCAUAUUUGAAGCGGCAGUGUUCUGAUUGUCAGUCUGCCUUCGGGGCAGCCAAAACCGAUGGAUGUCCAAAGGUGUGCAUCUGCCGCACCUGGAUGCAUCCGGUUUUAUUCUAUAUCCCGCAAGCUCAUUUGUUCCCAGGGCGGCCUCGAUGGCUUGGACUGUGUUGCCGGAAGCGGCAUACCGUCAAUGGAAUAGAAGAGAUUGAAUGCUUGCUUUGUUUCCUGCCCGAACCAGAACAUGAAUGCGGAGAUCAUUAAUCGUAUUGUCGAUGAUUUUGGGUGGUCAUUACGCCUUGUAUAAGACAAUUAAAGCAACUCUUUAGUCGAUGGCAUGGAGGAGACACAAAUACUUCGAAACCCAAGAACUAUAAGCGCCAGGCAUAGCAUACACAUAAUUCCACAAGGUCAAGACCAAAAAGCCCUUCUGCCUGAUGCCUCACAAUCAGAGCUCGUCCAACUUCGACAGCCUAAUGGUGGCGCAGUACCUUGCUGGGCGUGAUUACCAACGCACCUUCCCAAGCAAGCACGGUUCUGAUCAUGGCCGCUCGUUGGGGAAACCUCCCAACAUCUACAUCGUCCAAGGUCCAGCAAGGAUCGAGACCGGGCCAGUGAAGCCUCGAACCAAAUCACAGGCAUGGUGGCUCCCGUUGAGCCUUGCAUCAUGCCUCCUGAUGCUUUGGAUUGGCUACUCUCUCGGCCCCCAGCAGCAGCACGCCCCCUACAAAAGCCAGCCAGGCAUCGUCAAUGCUGUCGAGUCCACGCCUGUCGGCCAGGAAAGCUCAAAAAGCUAUUAUGUCGCUCCUCACCCACCGGUCUUUGACGUGUUUCCGACGGUGUCCUACCCGGACGGCGUGGCGAUGGACACGUCCACGCUGAUUGGCGAUACCAAGACGGUCCUCGGCGAGGACCUACUCUCCUCGCUGGAGGAACUGGGCUUCAAACUGAACCCGAGCAAAACCUAUCCGGAAAAGGAGGCCGCAAAACUGCCCGAGCAACUGAGGCACCUCGGCCAGCUGACGGACCUCUCCCUCAAGCGCUCGCUUCUCCGCACGCAGUGGCUGCAGACCCAGUGCCGCAUCACACCCUCGAGCCGCUGGAUCACCGAGGCGGAGCAGUACCGCAACAGCACGGGUCGCUACGAACCGCUCCCCUGGUGGUGCGUCUCGCGCCACCUGCCCCUCGAGGCCUGCCUGGACGCUGCGACCAAGGCGCACCUGGACAUCGAGGCGCGGCUGUGGACGCUAGGCAGCUCGCUGAUCCAAGCCUCGAGCGACAUGACUAUCGUGGUGGACGACAGCGCGCGCACCAAGCUGGACCGGACGAUCGCGGACGCGCGGGAGGAGGCGUGCGGGCAGGCGGACCGGCUCUCGCGGCUGUUUGACAGACUGGUGGGCGGCAUCGCUGUCUGGCGGGAGCGGCACCAGGGGCCUGAGCACAAGACGUUGCGCAUCGCGCCCUCGGCCGGGCACACCGGAUGGGACGGCGUCCCGAACGCGUGGUACAUCACGGCCCACGACGAGACCGAUCUCCAGACGAGGGGUGCCGAUCUGCGCGUCAAGGUCGAGGACCUCGACGAGCUGCAGACCAAGGGGUCGGGCAUUGCCGCGAGGGGUCGGAAGACGUGCUCGUCUGCACAAAAGGUGGAGGAGCAGCUCGCGGUGGCGCUCGGGGAAAAGAUCCCAGCGUAUCGCAAGUUUUUGGAGGCCGAGAUCAGGAUGGUGGGCGAGUGGCAGCAGAGGCUCAGGGAGGAGGGCCACGGCGGCUUUCAGGGGCCCGCCGGGAUUGAGCUUGCUAAUUGGUACGAGGCCCAGAUUGGUAUCUCAACUACGAGGUGGGAGAAGGCUAUUGAGGCUUUCCGCUGA